AGUCUCUCGCAGUACUGAAAACAACACAGACCACAAUGUUCAAGCUGGUGGUGUUGUCUUGCGUGGUGGCGCUGGCGGCGGCCAACCCUAGUGUACUCGGUCCUUGGGGCUUGGGGCUGGCGGGUCCCCUCGCCGCGCCAGCGGCUUUGGCUCCUAUCGGCCUGGGACACGGUUUGGGUCUGGGCCAUGGAGCUAUCUGGGGCGCGCCUGCGCUCGCGGCCUACAACUACAGAGGCCCGCUGUCCCUCGCGCCCGGCCAGCCCGCCAACAUCGUGGCUGCUGAUGGAAGGCCCCUGGAUACUCUGAGCGUGAACUUGGACCGUGCCGCGCACCUCACUGCGAGGGCUGUUGACCACGCCGGCCUGCACCUGCUGAAGAAGCGGUCCGCGGCGCUGCUAACGCCCUUCGCGCCGUUCGCUCCGCUGGCGUACAGUGGCGCAGUUGUCGCGCCCUUGUACGGCGGCAACUACCGCGGCCCGCUGUCCCUGGCGCCCGGCCAGCCCGCCAACAUCCUCGCGGCGGACGGUAGACCCCUCGACACCCUGGACGUCAACUUGGACCGCUCUGCACACCUCACCACUAAGGCCCUCGAAGGCGUGCACCUGCUCAAGAAGCGCUCCGCCCCGUUGAUCGCCCCUCUGGGCCGCAUCGCCUACGCUGGCGCUCCGCUCAUCACCCAUGCUGCGCCUCUGGCUUACUCCGCGCCCAUCGUUGCUCCUUACCACACUCCUCUCAUUCACACCGCCGGACCUUAUGCCCACUAUUUGUAAAUAGUCCAAAGAUUCAUUUCAAAAACACCCAUAGAUGUAAUGAAAAUAAAGAAAUUAUUUU